AUGGAGCGCACAUAUGCAUCCUCGUUAAUAGGCCUAGCUGCCCUGUUCGUAUUGCUACUUUCCAUUAAACCAGUACGCGCCGCAGACUGGGUACAGUCAUAUUGCUCGUCACAAAAUACUGGCAGCGAUAACACUGAAUACACAUGGCAGUGGCAAUCCAAUGGCAACUGCACCAACCAUUGCAAACAGGCUGGCAACAACUUUGCCUUUGCCGUCUUAAAAUACACCGAGUGCUGGUGUUCCAACUACAUUCCCGCCGAUCAAACCGACGUGAGCAACUGCCAGGUCGAUUGUCCCGGCUUUCCAGAUGAAAAAUGCGGCAACAAAAAAGAAAAUCUCUACAUGUACAUUCAAAUGGACGGUAAACCAUCCGGCACCAUGGGCGGCUCCCAGCCUUCGUCGACUGCCGCAGCCCCUACCUCUCAGACACAGGCUGAGACUUCAAAAGCUCCUACCCAGAAAUCCUCCACUACCCCCGCCCCGGAUCGUUCUCCCUCCCAGACCCAGCAGCCCGUCACGAUGCCGACCUUGGUCACUGAAAGCGGUGUCGUCGUUACCCGCACCGUCGUCAUCACACCUUCAGCAGCAGCUUCCGAUGGAUCGAAGCCUGAACCCAAAUCCAACGUAGGCGCAAUUGCAGGUGGUGUCGCCGGCGGAUUUGUCCUUUUGAUAGCCAUUGUUGGUGGCAUUCUAUUCUUACUGUGGAGAAAGAGGAGGAGGCAGCAAGAUCAAGAGAACGGAAGCGGCGAUUCAUCGGGUAUCACGCGGAAUGUAAGCACCAUGAGCCGAGCCGGUCUGCUUGGAGGACGUACCGAGAAAACACCCACGCCGAUCGUCACAAAGUUCGGUUCGCAGAGGAGCAGGAAUGAGAGCGAAACAGGAACGCCCAUCACACCGUCAAGUCGUCGAUUAAGUCAACCGAUCCUCGUCGACUCGCGGCUCAACCCAGCCGCCGUUCUCACAUUCCACGGUGCCAACGCCAGCCGGGAAAGUUUAGGGAGCAUCGAUGACAGCCGGGAUUACGGACGUCAAUUGAACGUGCGGAAUCCAGAUCCUUAUCCCUAA